GCAGUGCGCUCAUCAGGUCCCUCCCUCAGGUUGGGGGUUCCGCGUUCCUGAGGAGGAAGAGCCGGAGCAGAGGAGGCGGAGCUGUCAGGCACAUAGAUGAUACAAAAUGAGUGUCCCUGACUACAUGCAGUGUGCGGAGGACCAUCAGACUUUGCUGGUUGUGGUCCAGCCAGUUGGAAUUGUUCCUGAAGAGAGCUUUUUUAAGAUUUACAAACGGAUCUCGACAGUGAGUCAGAUCAAUGUCCGUGAUUCUCAGCGUGUGCUUUAUAUCCGAUACAGACAUCAUUACCCACCGGAGAACAAUGAAUGGGGGGAUUUUCAGACACAUCGCAAAGUUGUGGGGCUCAUAACCAUCACAGACUGUUCCUCUGGAAAGGACUGGCCUCAGACCUUUGAAAAAUUCCACCUGCAGAAGGAAAUAUAUGGUUCUACACUUUAUGAUUCCCGUCUGUUUGUCUUUGGGCUUCAAGGGGAAAUUGCAGAGCAGCCUCGCACAGAUGUGGCAUUCUAUCCUAGUUAUGACGAAUGUGACAAUGUGGAAAAAAGAAUAGAGGACUUCAUCGAGUCUCUCUUCAUUGUGUUAGAAUCCAAACGUCUUGACAGAGCCACAGAUAAGUCAGGAGAUAAGAUUCCCCUUUUGUGUGUUCCUUUUGAAAAGAAGGAUUUUGUAGGUCUGGAUACAGAUAGCAGACAUUAUAAGAAGCGUUGCCAAGGUCGUAUGCGGAAGCAUGUUGGUGACCUCUGUCUGCAGGCAGGGAUGUUACAAGAUUCCCUUGUGCAUUACCACAUGGCUGUGGAACUCCUCCGUUCUGUAAAUGACUUUUUGUGGCUUGGAGCUGCUCUUGAAGGAUUAUGUUCGGCUUCUGUUAUCUAUCACUAUCCUGGAGGGACAGGAGGUAAAGUUGGUGCUCGCAAAGCACAAGGCAAUUCAGUUCCUACAGAGGCAGCUAACCGGCACAGACCAGGGGCACAAGAAGUUCUUAUUGAUCCAGGGGCUCUCACUUCAAAUGGCAUUAAUGCAGAUACCAGUACUGAAAUAGGGCGUGCAAAGAACUGUCUGAGCCCUGAAGAUAUUAUUGACAAAUACAAAGAGGCCAUUUCCUACUACAGCAAGUACAAGAAUGCUGGUGUGAUUGAAUUGGAAGCCUGUGUAAAGGCAGUGAGAGUUCUGGCAAUACAGAAGAGAAGCAUGGAAGCUUCUGAAUUUCUCCAAAAUGCUGUUUAUAUUAACCUUCGUCAGCUCUCUGAAGAAGAAAAAAUUCAGCGUUACAGUAUUCUUUCUGAGCUUUAUGAACGCAUUGGAUUUCAUCGCAAAUCUGCUUUUUUCAAGCGUGUUGCGGCAAUGCAGUGUGUGGCACCUAGUAUAACAGAGCCUGGAUGGAGAGCCUGCUAUAAACUCCUUCUAGAGACCCUUCCUGGUUACAGCCUAUCUUUGGAUCCCAAAGAUUUCAGCAAAGGAACCCACCGUGGUUGGGCUGCUGUUCAGAUGCGUUUGCUUCAUGAAUUAGUGUAUGCUUCUAGAAGAAUGGGAAACCCAGCACUUUCUGUUCGACACUUAUCCUUUCUCUUACAAACAAUGCUGGAUUUUCUUUCUGAUCAAGAAAAGAAAGAUGUGACACAAAGUCUAGAAAACUAUACAUCAAAAUGCCCUGGCACAAUGGAAUUCAUCACACUUCCAGAUGGUUUAAAGCUCCCCCCUGUUCCAUUCACGAAACUUCCUAUUGUAAGAUCUGUCAAGCUUUUAAACCUCCCUGUUAGCCUUCGACCACAAAAAAUGAAAAGCUUGUUGGGUCAGAAUAUGUCAACUAAGAGUCCCUUUAUAUAUUCUCCAAUCAUUGCUCACAAUCGUGGAGAGGAAAAAAGUAAAAAAAUAGAUUUUCAGUGGGUCCAGGGAGAUGUUUGUGAAGUGCAGCUGAUGGUGUACAAUCCAAUGCCCUUUGAACUUCGUGUGGAAAAUAUGGGCCUUCUGACAAGUGGAGUUGAGUUCGAAUCUCUCCCUGCAGCUCUUUCUUUACCAGCAGAAUCUGGUCUCUAUCCAGUUACACUUGUUGGUAUUCCUCAGUCUGCAGGCCAGAUCACUAUCAAUGGUUAUCAUACUUCAGUCUUUGGAGUCUUCAGUGAUUGUCUUCUGGAUAAACUACCAGGAAUAAGGACAAAUGGUUGUACAGUGGAAGUUAUUCCAGCUUUACCAAGAUUACAGAUCAGUACUUCUUUGCCAAGGUCUGCUCACACAUUACAGCCUUCCUCGGGAGAUGAAAUCACCACCAGUGUUUCUGUUCAGCUCUAUAAUGGCGAGACACAGCAGCUUAUAAUUAAACUGGAAAAUAUUGGAACUGAGCCUUUGGAGAAGCUGGAAGUCACAUCAAAGAUGGUCAACACAAAAGGAAAGCUUUUUGGUGACUUUCUGAGCUGGAAUCUAGAAGACACACUCUCUCAGUUUCCUCUGAAACCAGGAAAUACAGCUGUAUUUACUGUGUACAUUAAAGUAAAGCUGGAUUUCUCCUGUCAAGAAAACCUCCUGCAAGAACUUAAUGAUGAUGGAAUUAGUGUGAGUGGUCUUCCAGUUUCCAGUCCUUUUCGACAAGUGAUAAAACCCAGAGUAGAGAAUAAGGCUAUUAAUCCUCCAGAAGCAAAUAAAGUUGGUGACUUCAGUCAUGUAAAGACACUGGAAGCCAUCUUGAAUUUCAAAUACUCAGGAGGUCCAGGACAUAUUGAUGGAUAUUACAGAAAUUUGUCUCUGGGUCUUCAUGUGGAGGUGGAGCCAUCUGUCUUCUUUACACGUGUCAGUACCCUACCUGCAACAAGUACUCGCCAGUGCUAUCUCCUCCUUGAUGUGUUCAACUCAACAGAACAUGAGCUCACAGUUAGUGCACGGAACAAUGAGGAUCUUGUUUUGCAUGCUGGAGAAUGCCAGCGCAUGGCUAUCCAAGUUGACAAGUUCAGCUUUGAAAAUUAUCCAGACUCGCCUGGUGAAAGAGCACAGUUUGCAAACCCAAAGCAGCUGGAAGAGGAGAGGCAGCAAGCAAAAGGUCUGGAGAUCAACAGCAAGUUAGAUAUUCUCUGGAAAAUUCCCUCUUUGAAGCGUGAAGGUGAAGCCAGUGUAGAAGGCGUUCUCAAUCAGCUAGUCCUAGAGCACCUGCAGUUGGCACCUCUCCAGUGGGAUGUCUUGGUGGAAGGAAAGCUCUGUGACUGUGACAUUGUUGCGGAUUGCACAGUUGGAGACCCCGUGAAGCUGGAAGUGAAGCUAACAAACUGGAGCAAGCACAGUGUUGGUCCAUUCUCUCUCACUAUCAUCCCUUAUCAAGAUUACCAAAAUGGGGUCCACAACUAUGACCUCCAAGGCGGUAUCACUUUUGUCGGAUCCAACACUUUUUAUAUUGAUACGGUUAAACCAACAGAAAACUCGGUGUGCAUCGGCGCUCUUCUUUUUCUCUAUACGGGUGAUUUCUACUUGAAUAUCAAAUUCCAUGAAGACAACUCCAGCAGGGAGCUUCCCCUCUCAUGGUUCUGCCUGCCCAGCAUUCACAUCCGUGCUGUGAAGCCUGUGAUCCAGACCAAGAUGUAAAUGUAUCAUGUAAUCUUGCAUUAGCCACAUUCUCUGUAAGGAUGACUGUAGCCUCCUCUCAAUCCCAAUGUGUUGCUUUGAAAUCUGAGGUUUCUCCUGGUUCUCAAAUACUUUCCACAGUUGGUUUAUAGUAACUAACUGGACAGCUGCUUUAUCUUAUUUGAAGGACUUUGAUUUGCUUAUGCCAAGGAACUGGAUUUUCUGAAUUUUUAAAGUGUUUACAGAAUAUCAUUCCUCUCUUUCUUUCCCCAUAAUACUUGCUGAGAUUAACAACACAAUUUAGCAAUUAACUGUUCAGGCUUCAAUCUAUAUAUUCGCUUGUAUGUCCAUGCUUGCCUAGUUUGAGUAUAUCUGUUAUUUUUCCCCCUGUACAAUAUGAUCUGACAAGGCAGAAUUUUAAAAUUCUGUUCCUUCUAUUUUCUCUUGAAUUUUUAGGAAUGUGCUAGAAUCUUUAUUAUCUACAGCAACUGCGGGAUCAGAAUACAACUCUUCAUCUCCAGAUUCAGCUCCUCAGGAUUUCAUUUGGGGUUUAGACUUAGUUUUUACCAUUUAUUUAUUGUUUAAAUUUAUUUAAAUUUACUGGCCCAGAUUUAAUGUUGAUGUGGCAAUGCCAUAAUUUGAUUGAGCCACCAAGAUGUCAGGCUCCAGAUUCUUUCUCUGCCACCGAUGAUCUUCUCAAUGGUACAUCAGAGUGAGAUUGCAGCCCAGGAUAGAGCAGGCAGCUAACAACAUGCCAGCUGGACAUUCAGUCCAACUGUACAAAAUAUUUGGUAGAGAUUCAAGACAAGCCCCUGUGUGGCACUUUGAACCCAUCGGAAUUAGUUUGUGCAUAACUCAUAGUAAGGAACAGGAAUCUCUAGCCUUUUUUGCAUGCUAGGGAGAAAAUCUGAAAAGAACCUCAAGCAUGUGAAUUUUCUCCCCCACUUGCACUUGUUUUUCACUCACCAGCCUCUUUACUAGUCAGAAAAGUUAACUAAUUUAAUGUAGGCAUUAGCACCUGCUGAUCAAGCAUCACAAGACUGAACUGACGGGAUAGGUUUCAAAGCAAGUGAAAUUCAAAUAAGUAUUUCACAUCCCAAUUUACCUUCGCCAUCAUCACUUUAUUUUUCAUUGUAAACAAAAUGGUUAAAGCAUGUGUUGGACCAUCACCUGCCACAUAGGCUGCUUAGCAUGCUUUGCACAGAAUUUGUAGGAUGCUAUGGCUUAGUGGCCAGAGGCUAACCUUCAUGUUUUCUUUGUAAUCAGAAUUUCACUUAGCUUGGUGUAAUAUACUGUGCACCUCAUGGUCUUGUCUUUCAUCUAGCAAUUUUUGAAAAAAAACACACAAGAGUGUUGAUAUAAAAGCAUGUACCAUCCAAAGUGUUUGGCCCUACCUUUUAUUUUAUUUUAAGAAGACACGUUCUUUUAAAAUUCUUUUCACAGAUAACCUUACGUCAGCUUCAGUGUGGCCUGUGUUAGGAAUCUGAAGAUAAUUUUACUUUGGCCUCACCAUGUGCACAUUUGGUCUUGAAUUAAUUGAAAAGGGGAAUCUCACAGGUGUGGAUUGGCAGUAUAGCAAGGCCAUUUAUUUUGAGGUUUGAAAAAUAGCUAUGCAUGCCAGUCACACAGGUGCUUGCAUGAAGAACAGAUUUCUCCUUGCAAAGCGUUAGGAUUAUUUUCUUAGUGCAAUAUUUGCACAUCCUAAAUCUUCUCUUCUGGUGUUAAUAGACAAGCCUGGGAGGUCAUAGGAAAGAAAUCAGCAGGGAAUGUGCACCUUCCUCCUCCCUUCUUUUUGCCAAGGGUAGUUAAUCCCAAUCCUUUCUGUCAUCACAAAUAGUGGAAAGCAUGAGAGAAUAACCCUCCCAUUCCUUGACAUGAUUGUUUCUGGGGCUGAGAAUCACAGCAUCCAGCAAAAGAUUAGGGCUAGGGAAAAUGCCACAUUUAAAACCACCUCCCAGGAGAUGGCAUUUCUUUUUCAGUUUACAAGUAUUUUUGGCUGGGAUUUUAACUUGUAUCUAAUUCUGAACUUGGCAUAGAAGCUUGCCAAACUUUUGUCACCUGAUUACCCUCUUAUACCUAGGUUUACCUUGGCUUCCAAAGGUAAAGAAAGAAUUAGGAAUGCAAGCAUUAAGGUUACCUUUUGAAAAUCCAUUGAAAUCUUUUAGGGUGUGCAUUAUUUAUCCUUCUCUUGAGCAUUACCUAAAUAGCCAGAGAAUCCAUUUAGUGUUUGCUUACGCUUGUUGCCAAACAUUUAAGACUUUCCUGUACAAGAAAAGAAGGAUGAAAUGGAUUGGAAAAGUAGCAACUUUCUCCAUGCCACUCCACAUGAUGUCAUAGCACCUCUUCUCUUCACAACUUCAUAGCAUUUUCUCUUCACAAGGGGAGAUGGUCAUCAAACCACCCCUUUUGCUGAACAGGAAUCUGUUCAGCAAAAGGCAUGCCUUGAUGAAGGUCUCACCUUAGGAAGAGAACAGAAGUGCUGUGAGGGCAGGGGGAGCAGCUUGGAGAAAGCUGCUACUCUCUUGAUCCAUUUUGCCUUUCUUUCCUGUGCAGUAAAGUCCUUAAUGGCAAGCUUACUCUUAUUUGUGAUAAACAGAGAAAACUAGAAAUUGUACAGUAUUACCUACUAAUUCUAACCACUCAUCCUAACAACCGGUAACAUUUCCACAAUAGGAAAAUGCUUCUGCAUUGUCUUUCCCUCUUUGUUCCUGAACUCCUGCAAUCAUGACUGAGAAAACAGAAUGUCAAGGCUGCAUAAAAAGUGUGUUUUCCUUCUACCUUGCAGUCCAUUUGGCUGCUUCUCUCCAGAAGCCUCUGCCUGCUAAUAGAUACUGCUCUGUGCAAGGUGACCUUUGAAGUCGGUUCCAUUAUAGAAAUGUAACAGCUAACCUUCCUCUUGUUAACUUUAGUGAUUAUCUGCUUUGGCACUCCCUCAGUUAGCUGCCUUGCUUGCACGCUUGCACCUGACUUAGAGAGAAAAAGUCAGUGGUUCCGACAGUUUUGGAAUCCAGAAGAUGGUGAGUUUCUAGGGAGAAGUGGUUUUCCUGUUGUGUUGCCCUUUGUUUCACAGAGGCAUAUUUCAAAGGAAGCUGCUGUAACUCCAUAACUGCUUAAAUGUGGAGUCUUAAUUAUAAUAUAGUUCCACUGAAGUUGCUGUCAGAAAUUGUCCUUGCAAGAAUUUCUGUGCAGAUUUUUCUCCCAUUUUUAAAAAUGCAGGCAGAUAGGUUCCCCUUUCCAGUUUGAUCGGUAAUGAGCCAAUGUUGACUUGUAAAUUCAGUCUGCCCUACUUGGAUAAGUUUAAGAUAUUAGUUGAAUAAAAGCUUGUUAGAGCUAAAUUUGGUAAGUUUUAUGUAUAUACUGGAGAAUUUCAAGUCGUAUGUCAAUUGAACUUGCCAAAUAAAUACUGAGCUUUUGUUGUAUAACUAUC